AUGAGGGAAAAUAAGAUGAUGAAUGCCGGUGUUGUUUUGUUGUUCAAUAAAAUAAAUUAAACAAAAUAAUUAAUUUCAAAAGCUAAUCAGCCUUUUAUUGUUAUUAACGUAAUUAAGAAUAAAAAUAUGUACAGACGUCAUAAAUACAUGAUUGCGAUUUUAGAUUGAUAAACAAAUAUAUGGAAAACAGCGUCAGCUGAUUGCUAGACAGCGGACGCGAAUAGUGUUGAGAUUUGAACAUUCAAAUUGGAUUUAGGUUCGUCGCGGCCGCGUCAGUCAGUCGAGUCAACGCGCUCGCUCACUUGCCCGCGGAACCGGCAUGCAGCUAACGUGAAUAAAGUUUUCUUUCGGCUACAAAUCGGUGGUGAAAGUCGGCGCAGAUGUCGCGUGAACAAUCGUCAAGAAAUGUCCACUGUUCGUUUGUACUUUGAAUAAAUUAAUUGGAGAAUUUCUAAACCGUGCCAUGGUGUUAGCUGGUAAUUUUUAAUCGAAUAUAUGCUUACAAAUGUGAAUAUCUAAUGAGAACAGUGGUUAUAUUAUUUUGUUUCUUUAAAAAAAUAUAGUUUUAUAAACUGAAGUGAAUAUGGCCUUAACUAUGGAACAGAAAAAUAAUCUUGAUUUUAUACUCAAGAACUUAUUGGCUGGAGGUGUGGCGGGUAUGUGCGCAAAAACGACAGUGGCGCCACUGGAUCGUAUGAAGAUUCUCCUCCAAGCGCAGUCAUCCCACUACAAGAACCACGGAGUUUUGGGUGGAUUAACUGCUAUUGUGAAGAAGGAGUCCCUUAUAGCCCUCUACAAAGGGAAUGGAGCCCAAAUGGUCAGGAUAUUCCCGUACGCAGCCACGCAGUUCACCAGCUUUGAGAUUUAUAAAAAGUACCUAAGCGGUGUCCACAUACCAGUAGUCCAACAUGGCGAUAAGUUUGUGGCGGGAGCGGGUGCGGGAGUGACAGCUGUCACUUUGACGUACCCGUUGGACACUAUUCGAGCGCGGCUUGCGUUCCAGAUCACGGGCGAACACAAGUACAAUGGUAUCGCGCAUGCAGCUACCACCAUGUUUCGAACGGAGGGUGGUAUACGAGCACUAUACCGCGGGUUCGUGCCCACCAUGAUGGGCAUGGUGCCGUACGCCGGCUUCAGCUUCUACUGCUUCGAGUCGCUCAAGUUCUUCUGCAUGAAGUACCUGCCCACCACGCUCUGUAGAAAGUGCGAGAGGAAUACCGGAGGUCUUGUGCUAACAGUGCCCGGCAAGUUGGUAUGUGGCGGGCUGGCGGGCGCGGUGGCCCAGUCCGUGUCGUACCCGCUCGACGUGACGCGGCGCCGCAUGCAGCUCGCCUGCAUGGACGCGCACACCGCCAAGUUUGGCAUCGGCAUGGUCAAGACGUUGACCCUCAUAUACCGUGAGAACGGCAUAGUGAAGGGUCUGUACCGCGGUAUGAGCAUCAACUACAUCCGAGCGAUACCAAUGGUCGCCACUUCAUUCUCCACUUACGAACUCAUGAAACAAUUACUACAACUCGACACAGGAAUGAUGGUAUCGUAACUGUAGUAAAGAAAGAUGACUAUUUUCUUUUUAUUAUAAUUUCGGUUGGUUAUGUUGAACACGUACUUUUUUCUUUUGGAAGUCAAUGGUCAGGUGAUGAUGACGAUUAUAGCCAUUUGUGGCCAUAAUCUAUGAAUAUUAUUAUUUCCUUUAUUUAUUUCUAUACUUGACUUAUAUAUUUUUAAAUAUUUA